GAGAGAGGCCUUGCCAAGGGCCGAUCCCUCGUCCAGGGAGUCCUACCAAAUGUCUAUACAUCAAGCCAACGAAAAGUUGGGACCCGCAGUGUUGAGGCACUUGGAGAAGGGGUAGUUCCCAGUAUCACCAGAUUCCUUUGGCCGUAUAAUCAGUACAGUUAUGCCUAGAAUUAGGAAGUUUAAUCUUGAAUCGGUAUUUAGGGGAGACCAAGGCAAGUUGCUUGUGCAUCUAAAUGUCGUACAAGGGAAUGGUUCAGUUGGUCAAGUCAAAAGGCGCUUGUAAGGCUGUGAAGGACUUGAUAAAUCACACACCCAAUAAAUACUAUAUAGGAAAAAAGAAGCACUUCUGUGACAAUUAUAGAGCACAGAUUUGUAGACAGUUUUAUCAUAUGCAUUUUGUGAGCUGUGUCUGAUUUAUGAUAUAUAUGAGCCUGUGUAUCAGACGUUUCUGAAGUCCUUCACAGUCUUACCAGCAUCUGGCCCACAGACUUCAUUGGAAUCGACACAAUGCUGCUAGACAUGCUGCUGUCAUGUUGGACACAUUUUGUGCAACCUUGUACGGUGUGUUGGCAGCUCAUAUUUUGUGUGGUGUCUGAUAAUGAUAAAAAUAUCAUUUGAGGUUAUGAUCUGACCACGUGGACUAUACGCUAUUAAGGAAAAUAAUGUGUAUUUAUAUACUUCUAAAUUUAGAUCUUAUGCCAGUUGGAGUGCAAAUAGAAGUGUAAAUAUCAUUGCUGAUAUAGGACCUUUGUUCCAUUUUUGUAAAUGAAUUAGUAAAGUACAAGUUUGCACCAGAGAAGACUCAAAUAUUCUUUUCUUUGCACCUUGUUGUUAUGCUGUUAUGUAUAUAGGAACAAACUUUAUCACACACAAUAUAUCAUCAUCUUCAUCAAUGUAUAAUUAAAUUCUGGGCAUCAAGUUUCAGCCACUGUGGACUGCCUUUGGUCCAUCAUGGACACAUUUCUUAUUCUUUACUUGCCACUGUCAGAAAUUAUGUAUUAGAAAAAUUAAAAUUAAAUUAGAUUUAGAAAUUAGAAAAUCCAUUCACAUUCCGGCACCUAUAAACCUAGCCCCACAUACCCUAUUGGCAUAUUCAUCGCCCUGAUGACGGAGGCAGUAUGAUCUCUGAAACGUUGGUUAAUAUCAAUCAGACUACACACCGCAACAACCCAGAAGACAGAAAUCUUCAUAAUCACCGCUGUAAAAAACCUCAAAUCUUACAUAGAAACAACAAGUUGUGCAUAUAAAACAAAUAACACACAGUCCUAUAAUUAGUCACAUCAAUCAGUAAUCACAAGUUUAGUUAUUCAAAAUAAUUAAAUAUAGACCAUAUUAAAAUAAUUUUGUACAGCACAAUGUGUGUGUGUUCAUUUUGUAGUGUCUCUCCAUGCGUCAUCAUCUGAAGGAUGUCAGGUGUAUGUGUGUGUGUGUAUUGUAUUGGAGACUGUAAUGUUGGAUGUGUCUCCUUUAGACUGUGACUCCUACCCAAGAAGGCACCAAGAAAUGAAUACACACUUAUCGCGUCCCAGAGGGCCAAAAAAUGUGCAUGCCUACAUACGGAGAAAACUGUUAGAAUCACAGAAUCAGUAUGUGUUACAAAUGGCCUAUUACAAACUACAUCUGGUGUUAAUGUGGAGGUUUAAAAUCUACAGUGACAUUUAUGCAGAAUGGAGCAAUUUCAAGCCGACGUACUUUCUGGAAACGGAUAGCGUGAACAGAUUUUUGCAUUUCUCUUUUUUUACGCUCCUCCCAAAAGACCCAAGGAUGUUCCAGCUUUAUAGUCUUCUAGUUAACAAUUUUCCUGGUUCACAGUGGAUGGUACGACCAAUGUCCACUGUUGCCUCUGCACUUAACUUGAGGGCAUCACCCGCAGCUGUUGUCUUUAUGUCUGGAUCCUUGUUUUUACUGGUUUGGCUGUUCAGAGUGCAUUAAAGCUGGCGACUGUGCCAGAAUAUAGGCGGUUAGUCCAAGAGGAUUUUGUGGCAAAUGAAGUGGAACGGGGAGAGGUUUGUUUCUGAGAGCCCUUCAGUCUUUCACUGUCAUUAUCAUUCUGCCGCUCCUGCAUAAUUACUCGUGUGUAAUCUGGGGGAUAGAAAACAGCCCUAUAAAUGGCUGCAGUUCCACAGACACGCAGUCUCAACCUGUCGCAAGAAUAACUACAGCUCGCCUAACUGUUUACCGACAGUAGAGAAGUGAAGUGUAGAUGGUUGCUGGCUGGUGAUAAUAAUGAUUUCAUUGAUGAAGUAUGUCCAGCAUUUUGAUUAUACAGUCUCACAAAUAAUAGAAAGUUAUAACAUAAGUAAGUACAAGAUUGUAUAUAACAUUGUCAUGUAAACACAUUUCAUCAUCUGAGAUUUGCUUGUAGUCUUAACAUGUUAAUUUAGUAUUUAUAAAGUUAUAUAAUUCUUUUUAUUGUUGUAAAUUAUUGUGACAAGUGAUGGCACACAUGCACGUGCAACAAUCUGUUAGAUAAUAAUAUUUUUGCAGAACCUGAAAAUGGCAGUAUGUGCCAAAAUAUGUUGCUGUGUAUUAAAUAAUUAAGUUUAUCUUCUUGUACAUGUCUGAGGUCUGACCAAUAAAGCAUCAUUUCAUGUGUAAGAAAAAAAUA